AAAAAAUCAGAGGGUGUGGAAACAACGACAUAUGUGCUACAUGGUAUAACAAAGCAAUGCACGACACGGUGAAAGCAAAGGUGAAAGAAUCAGGAUUUUUGCCUUUUUUGUCAAUACUGGGACAUGGAAAGAAAGGGGAUAGGCCAUUACUUGUGGCCUUAGCUGAGAGAUGGUGGGACACUACCCACACAUUCCACUUCGAUGAAGUUGGAGAGAUGACAAUGACCCCGACGGACUUCGCAGCAAUCACAGGAUUGCGUGUUGGUGGGAAGCGAUUAACGUACGACUUGGACAUUUACAGAAAUAAGAACAAGGUGGUGAAAUUGUUUGGGAAACCAAUUGCAGACCUACUGGCAGGGGAAAGGAGAGUGCCGUAUGAAAGCCUUUGCACUCCGUACUGGAGGAAGAAUCCGAAAAAUGAUAAAGAAGCUGACCAAAUUGCAAGGGCAUUUAUACUGUGCUUGAUUGGCUCCUCAUUCCUCAAUGACAAGAGCCAAUACGUGAGUAUGCACUACGCCCCCUGUCUGGAAAUAGUCUCAGACAUUGGUAAAUACGACUGGGGCGGUGCGGCAUUGGCUUGCUUGUAUAGAUCAUUGGAUUCUUGUUCCAGGGGCAGGUCAUCAAGCAUGGGCGGGUAUUGGAGGGCAUGGGAGGUAUGGGCUUGCGAGUACCUAAAGCCGUUUGCUUUAUCAAGGCCCAGUGGGACCUUGAACACGUGGCUCAGAACAUUGAGGUGGGUUGGUGCAAAAUCAAAGCGGGACUUGCAACAUCACUUGGAACAUUUUAGAGUGAUGAUGCGACAUCUAACAAAUGAUCAGGUUAAUUGGAACCCAUGGGGGACCAAUGAAUCCGACAUGCCGGAAGCCGUCAUAAAUAGUGUGCCAGCAACCCGUAAACGAAUCCUACUUGAGGGACCAGCUGGUUCAGCCUGGUUUUUGGGAUAG